AUGCCGUACCCCGACAAGUUUACCGGCUUCCAGGUCGAGAGCGCUGAGACUUGGCGCGAAUUCCACAAGAACGAGUUCCAGCCAAAGCCGUUUGGCGACUAUGAUGUCGACAUCCAGAUUGAGUGCUGCGGUGUCUGCGGUAGCGAUCUGCACACCAUCAACGGCGGCUGGGGCGAGCAGAAGUGGCCCUUGGCAGUUGGUCAUGAGAUCGUCGGCAAGGCGAUUCGUGUUGGCCCCAAGGUGACGCUGAUCAAGGAGGGCCAGCGUGUGGGCGUGGGCGCGCAGUCGUAUUCGUGCCUCGACUGCCGCCAGUGCAAGAAUGACAACGAGACGUACUGCCGACAGCAGCUGGACACGUACGGAGCCACGUGGCCGGACAGCGGUGUGGUGUCGCAGGGCGGCUACUCAUCGCAUGUCCGCACGCAUGAGCACUGGGUGUUUCCGAUCCCGGAUGCGCUGCCGUCGACGGCGGCUGGGCCGAUGCUGUGUGCCGGGCUCACGGCCUUUAGUCCGCUUGUCCGUAACGGCUGCGGCCCCGGCAAGAAGGUCGGCAUCGUCGGCAUCGGUGGCAUCGGGCAUUUUGGCAUCCUCUUUGCCAAAGCGCUCGGCGCCGAGGUCUGGGCCAUCUCGCGGACGCACAGCAAAGAGGCCGAUGCGCGCAAGAUGGGCGCCGACGGCUUCCUCGCCACGGCCGACGCCGACUGGGCAGUGCCACACGCCAUGACGUUUGACCUGAUCGUCAACUCGGCCAACUCGUUUGACGGCUUCGACCUGGCCGCCUACCUCUCCCUGCUCGACGUGCACGGCCGAUGGGUGAGCGUGGGCCUGCCGGGGGGCGACGGGAUCAUGGUGCGCAACCAGUCCUUCCUCAGCAACGGCUGCUUCUUCGGCAGCAGUCACCUGGGCAGCCGCAAGGAGGCCCUCGCCAUGCUCCAGCUCGCCGCCGACAACAACAUCCGGCCCUGGGUCGAGGAAGUGCCUAUCAGCGCUGAGAACCUGUCAGCCACCCUCGACCGCCUGCACAAAGGCGAUGUCAAGUACCGCUUCUGCCUGACCAAGUAUGGAGAUGUCUUUGGCCAGUAA